UUGUUCCGUUCCACUUAGAGCAUCUCAAGAUGGAAUUCUCUGCUUCCCCUCUUCCCCCCUUUGGCUUUUCGAGAUAAUCUCUUUAUCUUUUAUCGGAAAACCUUUCCGUCUGGGGUUGUGAAGGAGAGAUGUUUUUAAGAGAAAAGGGUAGCGCCUUUGCAAAACUGAAAUGAUCACCCCUUUUUAGGGCAUCACCAAGGCGAUUGAAAGAGUUCUGCUUCCCAGCUUUUUUUUUUUCUUCUUAUUGUCCCUUCCUGCUUAAGCAGUUCUUUGUGAAGCUUAGCUGUUGGUUUAGGCUGGCAAAAAGGGGAAGCAGGCUGGCAGUGGAGGUGAAUGAGAGAAAUGGAGCGCUUCUUGGGUUUUGUCAAGCAAAUCAGGAGAUCUAGGAGGAGAAAAGGAAAAAAGUACCUGCCAGAAGAGGAUUACCAAGAGGGCUACGAGGAUGUCUAUUAUUAUGCUUCUGAACAUUUUCGAAAUGAGAGUCCCUACACUAAAUCUUCCAACCAGACAAAGCCACCCGACGGAGCACUGGCUGUGAGGAGACAGAGCAUCCCAGAGGAAUUCAAGGGUUCGACGGUUGUCGAAUUAAUGAAGAAAGAAGGCACCACCCUGGGGCUUACCGUGUCUGGUGGCGUUGACAAGGAUGGCAAGCCGAGAGUAUCCAACCUCCGCCAGGGAGGCAUCGCUGCUAGGAGCGACCAGCUGGACGUGGGAGACUACAUCAAAGCCGUCAACGGAAUCAACCUCACCAAGUUCCGCCACGACGAGAUCAUCAGCCUGCUGAAGAACGUCGGCGAGAGGGUGGUGCUCGAAGUGGAAUAUGAACUUCCGCCUGCCUCUGUACAAGGAUCUGGCGUCAUUUUCAGAACUGUGGAGGUCACUUUACAUAAAGAAGGCAACACAUUUGGGUUUGUAAUACGAGGAGGAGCCCACGAUGACAGAAAUAAAUCCCGUCCUAUUGUAAUCACGUGCGUUCGACCUGGAGGGCCGGCUGACAGAGAGGGCACCAUCAAAGCCGGCGACAGGCUGUUGAGCGUCGAUGGAAUCCGUCUCCUUGAGAGCACGCAUGCGGAAGCCAUGAGUCUCCUCAAACAGUGUGGGCAAGAAGCGACGCUGCUGGUGGAAUAUGACGUCUCCGUGAUGGAUUCUGUGGCGACCGCAUCCGGACCGUUGCUCGUUGAAGUUGCCAAAACUCCCGGCGCCAGUCUUGGAGUGGCUCUAACUACCUCGAUGUGCAGUAACAAGCAGGUCAUCGUCAUAGACAAAAUCAAACCUGCAAGUAUCGCAGACAGAUGUGGUGCAUUGCAUGUGGGAGAUCAUAUCCUGUCCAUCGAUGGGACCAGCAUGGAAUAUUGUACCCUCGCAGAAGCAACCCAGUUCCUUGCAAACACGGCAGACCAGGUCAAGCUGGAGAUCCUGCCCCACCACCAGACCCGGCUAGCACUGAAGGGGCCUGAACAUGCGAAGGUUGAGCGGAGCCUCAGGCCCCUUCCUUGGCCUUGGGAUUCCUGGGGUAGCAACUGCAACAACCUGCCGAGCCUCCAGCCUGACCGUGGCAGGAUCCCGGCCUGGAAAUUCCAGAAACCGCCACCUCCAAAAAGCCCUCCAGCCUUGGUGACAUCCUCCUUCUCACCUACCUCCAUGAGCGCUUAUAGCCUGAGCUCCCUGAAUAUGGGGACCUUACCCCGCAACCUCUAUUCCACCAGUCCUCGCGGAACUCUGAUGAGGAGGAGACUGAAAAAGAAAGAUUUCAAGAGCUCACUAUCGCUCGCCUCCAGCACCGUUGGCCUCGCCGGUCAGGUAGUCCACACGGAAACCACGGAGGUCGUGCUGACGGCAGACCCCGUAGCGGGAUUUGGAAUCCAGCUCCAGGGCAGCGUGUUUGCCACCGAAACGUUGUCUUCCCCACCGCUCAUUUCCUACAUCGAGGCCGACAGCCCAGCAGAGAGGUGUGGCAUCCUGCAAAUCGGAGACAGGGUGAUGGCCAUCAACGGAAUUCCGACGGAAGACAGCACGUUUGAGGAGGCCAAUCAACUUCUGCGAGACUCUUCCAUCACCAGCAAAGUCACCUUGGAAAUAGAGUUUGACGUGGCAGAAUCUGUCAUUCCAAGUAGCGGGACUUUUCACGUGAAACUACCCAAGAAACACAACGUGGAACUUGGAAUCACUAUAAGCUCACCAUCCAGUCGGAAACCAGGAGAUCCUCUUGUUAUAUCUGAUAUCAAGAAAGGUAGCGUUGCUCACAGGACCGGGACCCUGGAACUGGGCGAUAAACUCCUCGCCAUCGACAACGUGCGCCUGGACAACUGCUCCAUGGAGGACGCGGUUCAGAUCCUCCAGCAGUGUGAGGACCUCGUGAAGCUCAAAGUCCGCAAGGACGAAGAUAACUCUGAUGAACAGGAGAGUUCCGGAGCUAUCAUUUACACGGUGGAGCUGAAGCGUUACGGAGGCCCCUUGGGCAUCACCAUCUCAGGGACCGAAGAGCCUUUCGACCCCGUCAUCAUCUCGAGUCUCACUAAGGGAGGACUAGCGGAAAGGACCGGAGCGAUCCACGUCGGAGAUCGCAUCCUAGCCAUCAACAGCAGCAGCCUGAAAGGGAAGCCUCUGAGCGAAGCCAUCCAUUUGUUACAGAUGGCGGGAGAGACGGUCACCUUGAAGAUCAAAAAGCAGACUGAUGCCCAUUCAGCCUCGAGCCCCAAGAAACUCCCCCUUCCCGGUCAUUUGAGCGAACUCAGCGACACCGAGGAUGGCACCUCAGCCUCUCUGAAAGCAGGCAAGCUGCCCGACCUUUACUCCACCACCACCGUACCCAGCGUGGACAGUGCUGUUGAAUCGUGGGACGGCUCUGGCAUUGAAGCCAGCUACGGCAGCCCAGGCUGCGGCUUCCAAGCUUCGGGAUACGGCUUCAACGCCCACGAAUGGAGGAGCCCGAAGCUGAGGGACGGGGCGUCGCCGGUGCCCAAGCCGAGGAGCCAGACGUACCAGGACCGGGGCCUGAACGACCACCAGUGGGGAAGACCUUCCGCCAGCGGCUCGGCGGGACCCCCGGACGGCGCCGAGGGGGAGCAGGAGGAGAACUUCUGGUCUCAAGCGCUGGAGGACCUGGAGACCUGCGGCCAGUCGGGAAUACUGCGGGAACUGGAGGAGAAAGCCGACAGGCGUCUGUAUUUGCGAAACAUGACUCUCUUGGCGACCAUGAUGUCCGGGAGCACGGUGAGCCUGGACCCCGAGGCGCUGCCGGUGCGCGGCCCGCUGGAGCGCCAGGCCAGCUUCCAGGAGCCGGGCAGCGCGCGGCCUCACUACGCCCAGCCCGCGCGGAGCAACACCCUGCCUUCGGACGUGGGCAGGAAGUCCGUGGCCCUGAGGAAGAUGAAGCAGCAGGAGAUGGCGGCCCCCACCCCCGUGGAACUGCACAAGAUCACUUUGUACAAGGACUCGGACCUGGAGGACUUUGGAUUCAGCGUGGCCGACGGGCUCCUGGAGAAAGGGGUGUACGUGAAGACCCUGCGCCCCGCCGGGCCCGGAGACCUCGGCGGCCUGAGACCCUACGACAGGCUCUUACAGGUUAACCAUAUCCGUACCAGAGACUUUGACUGCUGCCUUGUCGUACCUCUUAUAGCAGAAUCCGGCAAUAAACUGGACCUGGUCAUUAGCAGAAACCCAUUGGCUUCUCAAAAAGGGGUUUCGGGGCAGCCACAGACUUUAGCUGGAGCGGAAUGGAGUGAUCAGAGCCAUGCUUUCCUUCCACCAAUUGGACGCGCUCACAGUUUGGAGAUCAGAGAACCCACCAACACUUUAUAGCAAAACUUUAGCCCCUGGGACAAAGACAAUGUAUACAAGGUGCUAAAAGAUAUAAAUAUAUAUCCCUUGAUGAUUUCUGUGAGUUAAGACACAGGUUAUCCUACGUGGCAUUAACCAUAAGCACAGGUCCUUAAAUGUCGGCUUAUGUUACUUCUCCUUCUUUCUAAAAUUAGGUGUUUGGUGCCCGCUUGGCUAUGCGAGCGGUUGUUUCCUGCCCCUUGUCAGAGAAAGACUAAUGGGCUUUGAAAUAUUUAGUCCCUGAAAACUCAUCUUUAUCAUUAACUUCUGAAAGAGGAAGGUAUUUUCUCUCUCCAUUUUUUUUUCCCCUAAAAUAUCCAUUAGGAGAGCUGAUGAGAAGGAUCUCUCGUCGCCGCUGGAAGAUCUCUCGAAGAGAGUCGGAGGCCGCACCAACAGGGAUUUUUGCGAACUAAGAAUU